AUGUCUGACAGCCUGAUCAACAUACAAAGACUCUGCCGUAUGAGAGAUAAAUCUGAGGUCGAGCUCCUCGCCGACAUAGGCAAGAAGGGAAGGUGUAACUAUUCGAGGGCAGAUCUAGGCAAGUUAAUGAGAAUCAGGCAGCAACUUAUGGACUGUCCCAUCGAGGUCUGCGUGCUACAUCUCCCAUCUGCCCUCAACCUAGCCGAUGACGGCUCACGAGGGAGAAUGCCUUCUAGGGGGGCGAUCGAGCUACAGCUCCUAGAAGUAGCUCUGGCAUCCCCGAAUCAGCGUCCGUAUUAUUCUCCAAAGGAGAGGCAUUUCUACAACCAGAACGACGAGUAUAUGGCCUUCACUGGCAUCGAGUGCGACGCCGUCUUGUGUGUGACAACUCCUCAGGCUGGGCCAUUGCCGCCCCCAUUACAGGACAACAUGCACCCUCCUACUCUGACAGAGUCAGAUAGGGAGACUAUUGAUAAGUCUAUCGACGAUUCGGUCGUGCAGGAUGGCUACUAUGGUGCGAUCCGCUCAUACCUUCUAGAUGGUUCGAUCGCACAAGGUAUAACUCCGGCCAGACUCAAACGACAGGCUACUAACUUCGAGUUGGAUGGGGAUG